AUCCCAAUGGAUCAAAGCUCAGACCACAUGGAUUUGUAUGUGGGGGGGGAUGACAGGCGGGGAGCCACUUGGUGGGAGCGUUUGACGAAAGAUAGUGCGCGCAUGCGGGAGUUGGUGGGAAAGCUCAAUCAGGCUUGCUUCCCAAUCGAUGCGAGCAAAACUUGCCCAGAGGUCGAUACCGCCCUCGAGGAGGUGUACUACUCUCUUGAUCCCCCUCACGCGCGUGGCACACACAUAUCGGAAUCGAGCUUUAGUACUGCCCGCGCCCACACUAUAUCCGCCAUCAACGACCUUGGACGUCAGAACCACUCGGGCGCUGUUGAACAGAAGGACGACAUGGGUGCCUUUUCCAUGUCCCACUUUCUCGGCGAGGACUAUCCCGGGCCCGCCCCGUUUAAUACCGAGGCCCUACCCCCCCGUGCAAAUGAUAGCACCGGAGAUGGGGGUUAUGUGGCUUCCUCCCAUGGAAGCUCUGGUGGGCUGAGGGGCGGCACUUCUUUACCCCUUAGAAAGAGGCCAAGGACCGGCGGUCGCUCCCACCCACGUGAUUCCCGUCCACAUCCACAUCCACAUUCUGGGAAUCCGGCUACCCACACGCUGAACGACUCCCAAAAAUCCAGUCCAGGCGGAAGCAGUGGCGACUCACCUGGUGCCUCCGGUACCGUUCUAUCAGAUGGUUGUCUCUCAACGGAUAGAAGCACCACGUCCUCAUUAUCCCCAGCAAUACGCAACCAUAGCCAUCGCCGUACUUACCCCCACCCCCGCUCUGUCCUAAAUCGAGACCAAGGCCAACCACCUGUUCCUCGCGCCUAUCUUUUCGAGGUGCCCUUUCCCAGGGUCCCGGACGCGAGAACGGAUGUGACAAGACCUGGAGGCCAACACAAGUGUGAUGAGUGCGGAUUGACAUUCCCAUAUCCUUCAAAGCUAAAGUAAAGGCCACUCACGAUCCGCAUCCCAGUAUUGUCCCUUUGUCCCCAUGCUUACCAAAUUGUAUCAGAGACCACAAGCAUAUCCAUCGACCCGAUAAGCCACUCCCCUGCCAUCACCCUGACUGUCCCAAGGCAUUCAAGAGAGCGCGAGAGCUCCAGGCCCACAAAAAGACACAUGAGAGACGUGGUACGUAGUCCUCGUUCGUUUGCCCGAAUCGCGGGCGAGGAAGAUGAGGCUUGAUUAACCGGCCUUGCCAACCAUAGCCGCUGGAAACGCCCGCCCCCAAAUCCGACCCACGACCAAACCCCCGGUCGGGCCCACGGCCCAAUCCCCAGUUCCUCCCCCUCCUGCGCAAUGCCCCCCCGGUCCCUUGUGCCCUGAUGAGUGCCCCCCGAAGAGCGAGGUGCCGUACUCUGACAGGACUCCCCCCGCGUCCCCCGAGGAUGAGCGCACGUUAUCCAGGUCACCCUCUCCGGCUUCGAGUCAUACAGGCAGGUGUGUGGCAACUUCAGAGCCGCCGAUUGUCGAUGAACAAGGGCGGAAGGUACUUGACCUCACGGAACCC